CAGUAAUGGAACGUGCAAGACAAUCACUACUAAUAUCCCUACCUUUUUGUGAUGAUAUCACAUUUCGCUCUAUAAAUUUCUGAUGAUAUCCCUACCUUUUUGUGAUAUAUUAUAUAAAUGCACAAAGUUGGUUUUUUCUUCUUCUUUUUUGUUUUUUUUUUUUUUGGUAUCUGAUUUGAAUGACAUGCACUAUCUUAAUAAGUUGAUUUAUUUUUUUAUCCUUCUGAUUCCAGUGUUCUUUUUCUUUCUUAUUCAAAAACUUGAAAAACCAGACCUAGGGUGACGGCAUUAUGCAAACCGGAGGACAUACAAUCUCGCAGGGAGGAGUCCCCUCUGAUUUACCGGAUUGGUUUUUAUUUGAAUUACUAUGCAGGCUCCCAUUCGACUCCGUGCGUAACUUCAAGCGUGUUUCCAGAGAGUGGUUCUCGUUCAUCUCUGAUCCUUCCUUUCUUCGUUUGUAUAUCUCCAAACCGAUGCUCCCAUCCUCACGUUUCCCACCAUCCAUACCACCAUUCAUUUGUUUAUCAACGCCAUUUGAGUACAGAAAAAAUUAUCCGGUGAACGAUCCGGGUCAUGCUCUCAGUUUACCACCUCUUCUUCACACAAAUUUUAGGGGUAAAGUAAGAGUAAAUAUCAUAGCGGUCGACCAGGGGUUUCUGUUGAUUGGGUGGCAAGUUUGGGUCGACUUCAGUUUGGAAUAUGAAUACUACAUCUAUAAUCCUAUGACCCAGCAGUAUGAAACCCUAACUCCUCCUGCUCUCGCUGGUGUAAACGAUGACAAGCAUGAUUUGUUCUAUGGGAAAGGAAUUAUGGGUUUUACAAUUCAAGUAGACGAAGAAACAGGGAAUUUGACUAGUUAUAGAGUCAUUUCAGAUGUUGGUGCGGGCACAAACAUAACCGAUUCCCUUAACCUACAAAUGUUUCUUUCAGAAACAGGAAGAUGGGAAACUUUAACGGUGAAAUCUGAAAAUUCAGUCAAGCUUCACUUGUGUAAUAGACCAGUUGUUCUAAACAACACUCUUUAUUGGACAGAUCCUUCCAGUGGCAGAAUUCUAAGUCACGAUCCUUAUGCCAAUACUAAUAGAUUUUGCAUUAUUAACCUCCCAACUCAUGGCGUAGUGGAUGGAUCUGCACGGCGAGAUUCCAAUUGUCUUUCUCAUCAAGGUUGCCUCAAAUAUGUUGAAAACGUUGUGGAUGGAAGCGGAAUGUUGAAAAGUUUUAAGAUAUGGGAACUCAAGGAAAACAACGGUUGGCAUCUUCAGCAUAAAAUCAACGUUAAUGAUUUUGUAGCUCCUAAGUCACCGUACGAGGAUUUUGAGGCGCAUGUCUACAAUGAUUUUGAGACGCAUGUUAGAAUUGUGUCAUUCCAUCCAUUGGAUGAAUCUGUUAUGUAUCUAGAGUGGGGGAGAUAUAAGGAAUUGAGGUCGUUUAACCUUGAAACCAAGAGGGUGCAAUUACAUAAUCGGUGCUCAAACUCACCCGAGCAUGAAGAUUGGUUAAUUGUGAAGUUUCCCUGUUGGCCUAUCCUCAUCCCACCACGUAAAACAGAACCGGAGUUGAAGGAUUAA